GAGGCGUAUGUCGUCUGAAUACAGGCGGGAAAACAACUCCGCUGUAGGAGGACAGUGGGACUCAAUGGAAGGUCAGUAAGAUGCGCAUGCGCGAAAUUUUUAUUUAUUUAUUCAGGCGCGAGUGCAUGACGCAGUUAUUGUGCGACGAUGUGUAUUUCGGGGCUGGAAACAAACAAAACAAAAACUAGAUUUUUUUCAGGUUUUUAAAAAAUGUAUAUAUUUUUUUUAAACUUUGAAAACUUUGUAAAGUCCUUCUUAGCGAGUUAAUUUGUAGAAAUGCUCACGCUCAUUGAAAGGCUAAACUACGCUCGUGAUUGGCCGAGUGUUUCCAUGGUAACGUCAAUGCGUUUGCAUCGGCAAAAUGGAGUUUACAGGUAGCAGUUACAGUGGAACUUAUCAAAGUGGCAGGAUGGAGGGCAGAGGAGAGUACACACUCCCCACACAUACCAGAUAUGAAGGAGAGAUGAAGGACGGCAUGUUUCAUGGAAAAGGAGUCUUGCACUUUCCUAAUGGAGGGAAAUAUGAGGGAGUCUGGGAAAAUGGGAUAUGCAAACAGGUUCCUGGUCACUACAUCUUCUCCGAUGGACUGGAGUAUGAGGAGACAGACUGGGAUUACUGUGACGGCUACGAUCGACGUUUCUACACCGAGAGAUGUUACGGACUCAAACCUGCAGGAGAAUCCCAGCUGACUAACGGCGUCCCUCCUCCUGUCAUCCCUGACGGCUGCUACGACUGCGGAGACGGAUUCUACGAUCCCAACAGCAGAGUCGUCACGGCUUACACAGGCGGUUUUCUCAGGAACGCCGAUGAUCAGGAGCACGAGUGGAUCACACGGACAUGCCGGAAGGGCUGGGAUGAGUUCGUUGGAUGUAGUCCCAGGAACAGCACAAAUACCCGGGACAGGAGAUCAGCCCCGUGAUGCAGCCUGACAGUGACUUCCUGUGUGUGAUGGUGCUGGAAUCAGUGAGUGAGUCAUUACUGCACACGCUGACCCGUGAAGGGCCUGGCAGCUCCGCCAUCGGCCUGUGAUUGCUUCCUGCUUUACACCGUACACACACACACACACACACACACACACACACACACACACAGAA